AUGACAUCUGAUACCAUCCUCGAUAUUUGCACCCAUCAUCAACACUUCGACCGCUUGCUCAUACGCUCACAUCCCGAUGAGACUCAUGCGGUAGCAAGAGAUCUUCAAACAGCCUUUGAAAGCUCAACCUCUUCCUGUCUUGGUCCAUUAGGCCGACUUCCCAUUGAGCUACUAUGGAUGAUCUUCCGCAAUUUGGACGUACAAUCUUACUUUCGACUCCGUCACGUCAACAGAAAGUCCCGUGCUAUAUGUACUGCAGUUCCAGAGUACCAGGCAAUUGCAACAUAUGGGUUGGAAGCUCUACGGGGUAUGCUUCGUACUGGCCUUGCUCAGACCAUUACAAUCGGAGACUUAUAUAAGUCACUGAUCCGGAAGACAUGCGAAGUAUGUGAUAAAUCCGGGGGAUUUCUGUUUCUCCCUACCGCCACUCGCUGCUGCUUUGAGUGCAUCAGAACUGCACCAGAUAUGCAAGUCAUAAGCACCUCAACACUCUCCAUGAUCACCAAAAAGUCCACCAAACGACUAUUCCGCGUACUGGGACCAGAGUUACGCACUAUCCCUGGCUCGUAUUCCACACAGGGCAAUCCUUGGCGUCCAAAAGGCUUGAUGUCUGCAAAGUUAGCGAUAUCGAAAUCGUAUAGUCUCGGCAUACGGGAUAGGUCUGCAUUCAGGGAGUUGCUAAGACGAAGUGAUCAGGAAAGCCACCGUUUCAUGGCUUCUACUGCGUUCCCAUGGUAUGAUCCCGGCAGCAAGAGGGUGGAGAGUGCUGUGGCUUGCAAGGAUGUUGCGUUCAAGUGGGAUACCAAAUUCAGCGUUCAGGAGGCUCUCUAA